UUUGCAGACUACAAAUGAAAGAACGGGUUUCUGUGUCGUAAACCGACAUGUGAGAGGCUGGGUGGGAAUGGAGAAAAGAUAAGUUUGUUUCCCUGUUCCGUUAAGUUGUAAACUUCGAAACUUAGUGUGAACAACCAGCUGAAGGGCGGUUGUUACGCGACAGAGCAUCGUUUUUUUUGUUUUUCUCCAUUUUGAGGUUAUUCACCUGCACGCGAUCCCUGAGAACACCGGACUUUAUGUAUUUGUAAACCCCUUUUUCUGUCUCUUUUGGGUUAGGGUUAGUUUCAUGACAUUUUUCCUGCUUUGUGGUCGCUCGGACUUGGCGUUUUUGUUUUUAAAGACCCAGCUUGGAAACGGCUUUCGACCAGAAAUAUCGCUUUAAACAAAUCUCCCUUGUCUUUUUUUGACGUGUUUGGAGUGUAAAUCCAAAUCGCAUCCACGUCGCCCCUCCUCUCCCCGCUGAAGGAAAGCUCAAACACCAAAGUGCUGUGAAUCAGUCAGAAGCCAAACACUGGGGAGGGUGGACAGGACAUCCAGAGAAUAGACGGGAAUUAGGAUAAAUCCCAGUUUCUUGGACUUCGCGAAAAGGAGUACAGAGAUUGGACUAGCUGUUGCCAAUGCUAAACUUAGUUCUUGUACUUGUGAGUAAAAACUGAACCCAUUUAUUUUGAUUCUUUUUUUGUGUCUUUUUUUGUAUUUUUUUGUAACUUGGAGUCUCGCUCCACGUCUGCGUUAUGGAAGCCGUACAGUUUAGUCCAGUAGAUGCUGUCGGAAAGUGCGUGUUUAUGUUGUUAGAGCAUUAAAGAGCAGUUUCUUAACCAUGGUCGAACCACUGGGGUUUGUGGAGGCAUGGAGAGCCCAGUUCCCAGAGUCUGCCCCCCCUAAUAUGGAGCUGAACUCAUUAGGGGACAUUGAGCAGGAGCUGGACAAAUGCAAGUCCUCUAUCAGACACCUGGAGAAGGAGGUCAAUAAGGAGCGCUUUCGCAUGAUCUACCUGCAGACUCUGCUGGCGAAAGAGAGGAAAUCUUACGAUGGACAAAGGUGGGGAUUUAAAAGGCCGUCACAGUCCGGUGAGGGAGAGGUCCCGCUUGGCCCCGACAGCCUGAGGUCUCCCACAGAUGAGGAACAGCAUCCUGAGAAGGCGGCCAAGUGUAAGCCUCACCCGGAAGGAGAGCUGGAUGGUUCUUCCCCAAACAGGCAGAAAGAAGGGGUGUCACCUGCCCGCCAUGAGUCGGAGCCCCCUGAUAUCCCAGUGGGAACAGGCUCUGUGGCGGCCCUGAGAUCCAACUUUGAGCGCAUCAGGAGAGCCAACUCGCACUCGGCCGGCGAUGGCCGGGGGUUGUCGGUGUUGGCCGGCCAGGAGAAGCCCUUCUACGUGAACAUGGAGUACCAUCACGAACGCGGACUGGUCAGGGUGAACGACAGGGAGGUGUCGGACAAGAUCAGCACCCUGGGGAGCCAGGCCAUGCAGAUGGAGCGGAAGAGGUCCUUGCAUUCGCUGCCGGGGAACCUGUCGGCAGCCGUGGGAGACCUGAGCAAGGCCGUUCAAAGGGGCGGCUCCGCUGAAGGGAACUGCAGCUACAACGGGUCACAUGACAGCCCUGAGGUCAGCCCGCACUUCCUGAAAGACGGUGUGAGCAGGUCUGCCGUCGGGAGGUCCGAGAGGCCGCCGGUCGAGUGCCAGCCCUACACCAGCGUGUAUGUAGGGGGAAUGAUGGCCGACGGGGACACGCGAGUCAUCCACAUACGGGACCACAGCAUAGAGGAGGACGCCCACCUCACCUGGCCAAGGCGCUCCUACUCUCCCAGGAGCUUCGAUGAUGUGGGAGGAGGCUACACGCCAGACUGCAGCUCCAACGAGAACCUGACCUCCAGUGAGGAGGACUUCUCCUCAGGCCAGUCCAGCCACGUCUCUCCCAGCCCCACAACCUAUCCCAUGUUUAGGGAGAAGAGCCGCUCGCCCUCCCAGCACUCCCAGCAGUCCAUUGACAGUGGGAGCCCCCCCACACCCCUGUCACAGAAGUGUCUGAAGCAGCAGGGCAUGGUGUCGGAGGCCUCCAUCAUCGGGAUCCGGAAAACGGGCCACAUGUGGACCAGUGAUGGGGACUCCACCACAUCCAGCAGGACCUCUCACGACAACAGUGUUCAGGGAGAUCUGGACGCUCCCUACAGCGAGAACCAUCCCUCGUAUGGCUACGACCUGGAGCAGUCCGAGGAGCACCGGCCUCACCACGACCCUCUCUCCUACUCCGGAUCUCCUUCCUCCUCGCCACGGCUCCGAUCCAAGAACCGCAAUAGCAGAGACACCCAUUCUUCCGGUUCUCUGGAGUCCACGCAGUCGGUGGAGCUGGACCAGGAAAAAGGACUGGAGAUGAGAAAAUGGGUUCUGUCAGGAAUCCUGGCCAGUGAGGAAACAUACCUCAGCCACCUGGAGGCCCUACUGAUACCUAUGAAGCCCCUGAGGGCCGCUGCCACAACUUCCCAGCCAAUGCUGACCAUCCAGCAGAUCGAGACCAUCUUCUUUAAAGUGCCAGAGCUUCAUGAGAUCCACAAAGACUUUUAUGACGCCCUUCUGCCCCGAGUCCAAAACUGGAGCAACCAGCAGUGUGUGGGGGACCUCUUCCAGAAGCUGGCCAGCCAGCUCGGGGUGUACCGGGCCUUUGUGGACAACUAUAAGGUUGCUGUGGAGACGGCAGACAAGUGCUGCCAGGCAAACUCUCAGUUUGCAGAGAUAUCUGAGAAUCUCAAAGUCAAAAGCACAAAGGACUGCAAAGACCAGUCGGCUAAAAAUUCUCUGGAAACUCUUCUCUACAAGCCUGUGGACAGAGUGACGCGCAGCACUCUCGUUCUGCAUGACUUACUGAAGCACACGCCCUGCAGCCACCCAGAUCACCCGCUGCUGCAGGACGCCCUGCGCAUCUCCCAGAACUUCCUGUCCAGUAUUAAUGAAGAGAUCACUCCUCGUAGACAGUCCAUGACUGUGAAGAAGGGAGAGAACCGACAGCUGCUGAGGGAUCGAUUCAUGGUGGAGCUGGUCGAGGGUUCCCGGAAACUGCGCCAUGUUUUCCUCUUCACCGACCUGCUGCUCUGCACCAAACUCAAGAAACAGACUGCAGGAAAAGGGCAGCAGUAUGACUGCAAGUGGUACAUCCCUCUGGCUGACCUGACUUUCCAAACCAUCGAGGACUGCGAGUCCAGCCCCAUUCCUCUGGUCCAGGAUGAGGAGAUUGACGGAAUGAAGAUAAAAAUCUCCCAGAUAAAGAAUGAGAUGCAAAGAGAGAAGAGGACGACCAAAGGACCAAAGGUGAUGGAGCGACUGAGGAAGAAGUUGUCAGAGCAAGAAUCCCUUCUGCUCCUUAUGUCGCCUAACAUGGCAUUUCGAGUGGCCAACAGAAACGGGAAAGGUUUCACCUUUCUGAUCUCCUCCGAUUAUGAGCGAGCAGAGUGGAGGGAGAUCAUUCGAGAGCAGCAGAAGAAGUGCUUUAAGAGCUUCUCUCUGACAUCUCUGGAGCUGCAGAUGCUCACAAACUCAUGUGUGAAGCUUCAAACCGUUCACACCAUUCCAAUGACCAUGAAUAAGGAGGACGAUGAGUCCUCUGGUUUGUACGGCUUCCUGAACGUCAUCGUCCACUCUGCGUCGGGCCUGAAGCACAGUUUAAACCUGUACUGCUCCCUGGAGGUGGAUUCCUUCGGCUACUUUGUCAACAAAGCCAAGACACGUGUUUACAGAGACUCCACAGAGCCCAGCUGGAACGAGGAGUUCGAGAUUGAGCUGGAGGGCUCUCAGACACUGAGGCUGCUGUGCUACGAGAAGUGCUACAGCAAAAGCAGGCAGAGCAAAGAGGACGGGGAGGCCGCAGACCGGAUCAUGGCCAAAGGGCAAAUAAAGUUGGACCCCCAGACGCUGCAGAAUAAGGACUGGCAGAGGACGGUCAUCACCAUGAACGGCAUUGAAGUGAAGCUUUCCAUGAAGUUCACCAGCAGGGAGUUCAGUCUGAAGCGGAUGCCCUCCCGGAAACAGUCCGGCGUCUUUGGAGUCAAAAUCAAUGUAGUCACAAAGCGCGAGCGCUCCAAAGUGCCGCUCAUCGUGCGCCAAUGUGUGGAGGAGAUCGAGCGGCGAGGGAUGGAGGAAGUGGGGAUCUACAGGGUCUCCGGCGUGGCCACCGACAUCCAGGGGCUGAAGGCCGCCUUCGACUCCAGUGAGUUCAGCAGGCUUUGCUUCCCUGGUGAGGAGGAGGUGUUGUGUGGGGAACAUGAAGGUGGAUUCGGCUUCAUUCUCCCCACAGACAACAAGGACGUGGCGGUCAUGAUGCGGGAGAUGGACGUGAACGCCAUCGCAGGGACGCUGAAGCUGUACUUCCGAGAGCUGCCGGAGCCCCUCUUCACAGAUGAGCUGUACCCCAACUUCGCUGGAGGCAUCGCUCUGUCGGACACCGUGGCAAAAGAGAGCUGCAUGCUCAACCUGCUGCUGUCGCUGCCAGAGCCCAACCUGGUGACCUUCCUCUUUGUGCUGGACCACCUAAAGAGAGUGGCUGAAAAUGAGGGCGUCAACAAGAUGUCUUUGCACAACCUCGCCACCGUUUUUGGCCCCACGCUGCUUCGGCCCUCCGAAAAGGACAGCAAAAUCUCCAACAGCUCGCAGCCCAUCUCCAUGAACGACAGCUGGUCCCUCGAGGUCAUGGCUCAGGUUCAAGUCCUCCUCUACUUCCUCCAGCUGGAGGGCAUCCCCGCCCCUGACAGCAAACGCCAGAGCCUUCUCUUCUCCACUGAGGUUUAACACAAACACCAUGAACUUGUUUAGGAAUGUCCCGCCCAGAGGAGCAAAGCCACCGGCCGCGUUACUCUGUGUUGGCCUCGUUUUGCCACCAGGGGGCGCCACAAACCUUCUGAAAACUGGAAAGAGCCACCCUGAUCAAAGCCAAUUUCCCACAGAGAGAAAGUAGCUCAGACCUGCUGUGUCCCUCAAAGAAAAACUGUAGAAUUUAUAAGCAAGAUAUAUCAUAUAUCAAACCUUCGUAGAUUUAAUUUGAAAUAGCAAUAUUGAUUGGAUUUGUUUCAGUUCAUAGGGCAAACUUGUGCUAUUUUGGUAUUUUCUAAGAUUUAUUUCUUAGAUGGUUGAAUUUAUAGUCUGUUUGUUUGUUUGUUUUGUUUUGAUUUACCCCCACCCUGACUUUUCUGACUUGGUUUAAAGUUCACCUGUGCCAAUGUUCCCACGCCAAUGACCAAUUUCCCCAAUGUUUACACUCUGAACUUUGUACAUAAUUUAAAAGUAUGACACUAAAGCUGUAGUUAGCGCACACCAACAUGCAGGCAUGUUGACCAAACCUUUGUAAAUGUUGUGUAGUGGUGUUUGAAUAAACUUUGAAGUGGGCAUCAGAGCUUUUUGGGAGUGGUGAAGAAAGAUGACAGGAAACUCAUUCCAGAAAAAACUCCAAAUCUUCCACAGAUGGAAUGUAUACUGUGCUUCGUGUAAUUAUGGUUUCAGAUCGGUCUUUUUGUCUACGUUUCAUAUUUUUUUGCUUUCUUUGAUCCACUUUUUUUGUUCCAUCUGCCGUCUUUCUCUUUAGUCCUCUGCCUUUGAAUAACCAAACCACACUAGUGUAGAAAUGACAGCACCUAAAAGAUAUUUAAAGCUCCAAACAUUCACCUUAGGGCCUCUGAAGCACAGCAGUCUACUCCUAUCUAGAUAUCCUGGGUCAUUCAAACACCUGCCAUGUCUUAGUAUUUUUUUUCCA